AUGCGCACCCUCAUUGUUACUACUAUCGCAAUUACUACAAUUUUCGCUGCAUCGAUCCCCAAAACGUAUCACACAGAGCCACAUCGCGUUGACAAGAAAGACUCGAUUGAGCAAGAAAUCAGCGAAGCACUCAAGGAUAUCAAUGCAUCUCGUCACUUGAUUCAUAUGAAUAUGAAAGUGAACGACACGGACAAUGAGCUCCCGGCAAGCUUCUUCCGCGAUAUCGAGGACGCAUUCAGUGGAAUGUUCGAAGCGAUCCAGAACACAAAUGUGCCUUUCUUCAGCCAUGAACCAAUCUCUUCUGUCAAUGAGACUGCCAAUCAAACGACACAGGAUUUGUUGACUCGCACACGGAACGAACUCAAAGAGGACAUUGAUAUUCUUCAAUCCCGCAUCUCUCAUAUCCGUUCAGACAUCAACGAAUGGGUGAUCUCGAACGAACACCAGGACUUGAGAUCUAUGCUCAUUGGUGGACUUUCGGCUGUCGUCGUGCUUUGCUGCUAUUACUUUCUCUGCAAGUGCUGCCGCAGACGAUCUCGCCUCAAUCAUCUGUCUGCCUUCGUCAACGAGGGGUUCUCUGGAAAUCAAGGAGACACUGACAGCCUUCUCCCAACAACCAAGAACAGUAAGAGAGGCCGCCAUUUCCCAUCGAACAGUGACGAGGACAUCUAA